AUGGCAUCGGCUCCAGCAAUCAACUCCAAUGGUCCGUCGUUCGCUCAGUACAAUGGCCCGUCGUCCGCCUUCAAACCGUAUGACACGAAAUCCGGCCAAACUGCCCCAGUUGCGCCUUUUCCGGGGCCAUCCAUGCCGUUUCAGCCUUCUAACCCCUUUCCUUCCACACAAGGAAUCCCACCUCCGGUUCAGCAGGUACCUCCUGGACCGGUGUACCAAACUGCUGUUGGAAGUUCUGCCUCAGUGGUGCACCAGAAUAGCUCAUAUAAUUCCAGCGUACAUAUGGGCCAUCCCAAUCCUCCCUGCGCCUUUGGCGCACAUGACACUCGAUUAUUUUAA